AUGGCGCAAGUUACUGUCCCCGCGACAGACCCCGCCGUCUAUUCCCAGUACCAGGCCAAAUGGUCAGCUCUCCCUGACACCGCCGACGCAUGGUUGGCGAGGGCACGCGAAGUAGCCGAGGUGCUUGCACAGGAUGCAGCACAAAGAGACCAAGAGAACAAGUCUCCUCGUGCAGAAGUUGCGCUUCUCAAGCACUCAGGCCUACUGAAGCUUCUAGCACCCAAGAAAUAUGGCGGAGGAGAGCAGCCCUGGAGUGUCGGGUAUAAAGUCAUUCGGGAGGUUGCGAAGGCAGACGGCUCCAUUGGUAUGCUGCUCGGCUACCACCUCCUUUGGUCAACCACAGCAAAUGUUGUUGGCACCCCUGAACAGGCCGAGCGCACCCAGGAAUUGAUCGUCGCGAACAACUAUUUCGUGGGUGGUGCCGUUAACCCUCGCGACAACGAUCUUAAGAUCACCUCAGACGGUGACUAUGUUGUCUUUAAUGGUUCCAAGCACUUCAAUACCGGUGGUGUUGUUUCCGAUCUCACUGUCUUGGAGGGCGUUCUGGAAGGAACAGAGGGUCAUAUUUUUGCGCUGGUUCCAACUCGACAGACUGGCAUCCAGUUUGCCCACAACUGGCACAAUAUUGGACUGCGCCUGACGGAAUCAGGUGGCGUGAAGAUUGAAAACGUUCGCGUGCCGUGGACUGAUGCACUGGGCUGGGAUGAGUCCAGCAAGAAGCCUCGCGAGGAUAUACUUUUAAUUCCCUUUGCCAGCUUGCUUCUGCCAACUAUUCAACUCGUCUUCAGCAACUUUUACCUGGGCAUUGCCAUUGGCGCCUUGACGUUCGCAUCGGAGUAUACUACAGCCUCAACCCGCGCCUGGCCCUUUGGGGGGGACAACAAGGAGUCUGCGACAGAUGAGUUCUACAUUCUCGAGCGCUACGGCAACUUUUUCGCGCAUCUCCGGGCUACUGAAGCUCUUGCCGAUCGUGCUGCCGACCAAAUCACCGCACUGUAUAGUCGGUACUCUGGCGACCGGUCAGCUCUCACUGUGGAUGAGCGAGGCGAAGUUGCCGAGUGGGUUGCCAGCGUCAAGGUGGUCACCACCGACGUCGGGCUCCGAGUUACAUCGGGGAUCUUCGAAGUCACCGGGGCUCGGGCCACUGCAUUGAAGGUCGGCCUUGAUAGGUUCUGGAGAGACCUCCGGACGCACACUCUCCAUGACCCGGUGGCGUAUAAGAACCGAGAACUUGGGCGGUAUGUGCUCCUACACGAGUACCCCGCGCAGACGUGGUACACGUAG